UUUUUUCCUCAAUAGAGGAAGAAAGGGACAAAAGCUGCAUCAAAUAUAACUUAUCUUUGUCUGGAGGGUGUUUGGAAACGUCACCUUUCGUAUUUGACUACAUUGUGAACACAGUGGUGUGUGUGUGUACGAAGGAUGCAGCUCGGAUGAGGAUCAGUGUGCAGCGCUGGUGGGAGACGCAGCUGACCGACACACACACACAAAACACACACUGUUUAGGGCCGGUGGAAGCAGAAGAAGCCCUAGCGGAGGAGGCACAGCGACAACUAACGUCAACCUACACCGUUGAUCGGACGAGAGCUGGAGAGGAAUAAUGUAUCAAUAUCCAGUUGGAAAUAUUGAGAAGAUCCGAAAGGCUCGCAAGGCAGUGAAAAACAUCCUAGGUGAGAUCGGCCUGGAAGACUGCCAGAAAUUUUUAAAGGAUCUCGAUGAAAAGACGGAGAAAGACUCGGAUGAGGAGGAGGUCUUUCAGGAAACUGAUUGGGUUGAUGUCACAGAGGGAUACAAUCUCAAACCGCAGAAAAAGUGGCCUUAUCGAUCUCAAGCUAUGUGCUGUAGCGUGUGCAAGUACUCAUCACAAAACAUCUACAACUUCAGGAGCCACAUCGCUCGCUGCCAUGGAUAUCUGCAGUCAUUUUGUACACUGGCGCCUUGUACUAAAUGCAUCUACAUCGCACACCCCAAGUUAGUCAUGAAACACAUUCAGUACUUCCAUUCUACCCAUUUGAAACCACAGAAGGAGGCCCCUCAACCCACCAAACAUGAAAAUGAGCGCUAUCAUUGUCGCAGAUGUGGAUAUCCUGCCUCCUCCAUCUUUACGAUGAAGAAGCAUAUCAUUCUCAAGCACCUGGACAGAUUGGCCGAACAGUACAUCGGUUACAGAUUACAUCCCAGCGGGUCUAGUAGUAUAAAGGUCUACUCCUGCAAGGUGUGCAAAGUGAACACUGGAAGCCUCGACCAAAUGUUGCAUCACAUGCUGGUCGAGCCAUCACAUUAUACAGUCAGCACACAGGUGCAGAGUAUUAUUCAUGAGAACAAGAAUGUCACCGCUAAAGCAACGCCUAACGGGAAUGGCUUGUUUGUGACAUUCCCAAACAUUGCUCCUAAACCACAGCAGCCUCAAAUGUUCAAAAGUAAUUCUUUGAUUUUACCAAGUAACGGACAACCUGCUGGGACAGUGGUGACAUUACAGCAGUUACAAGCUGCUGCAAACAAUGGUACUCUGAUCUGUGGCCCCGGUACAAACCAAGCUUUUCUGCCCCCUCAAGCAUCGGCUCUAGUGCAGCUAGCUAGUGCUGAAGCUAAAGGGUUGCUCCAGCCUGGUGCCACGAUAGCCCUCCGAGGUGCUUUGCCCCAAGGAUCCUCUAUGGUCAAGCUUCCAACAGUGUCUAACGUGGCUAUAGCUCCUGCUCCGCUAAAACAGACUCCACAGCCGCAGCAAAUCUUUAUCCAGUCAGGGGGACCGCAGGCAGCUCGUACUGGAACCGUAUCUCAGCCUGCUGUGGUGACACAAAAUGCACCCGCAAAACAAAUUACCCUGCAAGGCACCAUGCUGACGUCACAGUCCCUGCUGAGUCACCUUAUCCCGACUGGCAACAAAAUGAACGGCAUGCCCACGUACACUUUUGCUCCGCUGCAGGUAGCAAAGCCUGCCUCUCAGAGCACAAGCAACCCCGCCAAGGCUGUUGAGCAAGCGAAAAACUCCGCACCACAAACCAAGAAAUGGAUCACCUGUCCGCUCUGCAAUGAACUCUUCCCUUCCAAUGUCUUUGAUAUGCAUACAGAGGUCGCCCACACGACAAAAGCCACCAAUACCAUCAAGUCAGAAAGUGUGGCGGCACGGGCGGCAUUCUUGAAGAAAAUGCCUGACAAAACUGUCAAAUGUCUAAAGUGCAAAAUUCUGUUAUCAGAAAAAAGCGUCUUCGAACAUCUGCUGCAUGGGCUGAACUGUUUGUACUGCUCCGCUUUGUUCUUUUCAAUCAAGCAGCUCGCUGAGCAUGUGAAGCAGCACAAUCCCACAAGCAAGGCAUACUGUGAUUUCUUGAGGAAGAAGUACAGAGUCUACUCUAGAGGUGUUGGAGGAAUCCUGUUCCCUUACUUUGAUGUCCACACCACAGCGCCUAAGGAGGUCCUAGGAGACACUGAGGUCAAUCUAGCCCUCGUCACAAGUUCCCUCGACCUUAUCUUCUUCAAGUUGCAGCCAAGCAGCCAGCCGGAAGUCUGCUCGGCACCUGCGAAAAUCAACAGCUCGUAUUGUCCCUUCUGCGACGAAAAGUUUCAGAAUGAAUCCCAACACCUUCAGCACCUAAAGCAAAAACACUUGGUAGCUCCAACCAUUCAUGCCAUCCUACAGACGGAGGCUUUCAAAUGCAUAUACUGCAAUGGUGUGUACACAGGGAAGGUGACCCAGCAGGCAGUGAUGCUUCACAUUCAGCGGUGCCGGUGUUCACCAAAACAACCGCAGCCAGCUAAACCCGCAGCAGCACCAUCGCAGCCGCCCAAACAAGUCCAGCAGAUCAGUCAGCCAGUGUACUUUUUCCAAAUGCCACAAGGGAUGACUAUGACAAAGAGUAUAGCUCCAGCUCGCUUGAUUCAGGCUGCACCCGCUGUCCCGGAGCUUCCAGAGACUGAGGCAGAGCUGCAGUCUAAGAAGAGGCUGGAGGCUGCAUGGAGGGAGGUCAUCGAGACCAACAAACGAGAGCGGGAACAAAGGGCGGCCAUGCGAAGGAAGCGAGACCAAGACAGGUUGUUGCCCCCGCCCAAGCCUGUGAUUCAGAUCGACCCCACAGUGAAGCUGGUGUUGGAGCCCACCACCACCGACCGCCGCGGCAGUGAGGAGCGCAAAGACUUCAUAGGCAAGUACUUCAACAAGAACCCCUACGCGACCAAAUCGGAAAGCGACGAGCUGUGCAAGAGGCUGUCCGUCACCAAGUCAGAGCUUGCGGCCUGCUUUAGCAAGAGGCGCAGCAAGUGCAUGAAGAGUCUCAAGAGGAACAUGGCGGCCAUUCUCCUCGGCUUCAACAUGACACAGCUGAAAAAAGUCAAGCACAAUCUCGUGAUCCCCAAACAGCAGCCUGCGGAGACCACAGAGCAACUGACUGCAGAAACAACAGAGCAACCGGAUGCCGAAACAGAAAAGCGCACUGAUUCAACAGAGCCGAUGGAAAACAGUGAGGAUGGACCAGAGCCAAUGGAUGAAAGUGGAAACAAGAAUGUUACUGAUGUGGAUGUGUUACCAGAGGUGGAGCCAAUGGAAAGUUAAAACAUGUGUGAGAGUGGAACAACAGCGAAAGCAGAUUUCCCUAAUGAAAUAAUUUAAAGAUGGCCUAUUGUUUUGACAGUCACUAGAUAAACUGAACAUACUGACUAUAUAAUAUAUUACCUAACAAACAAGUAACCUGUAAGUGAGGGCAGUCUCAUACUGUACACAUUAGUAGUGCUUUGUUUGAUUUCACUUUGUUGUCAGUGGUCCAUAUCCCAAUUUCCUCAUAAAGAAUAUAAGACUGAAGAUACUGGUCAUUUGUUCGGGAUAUAGUGGUGUCAAAAUGUUAUUCAGAUGGUUACAAUCGGUUAUUCUACAAUGGCUACUGACAUAAAGUUGAGCACUGAUUUUUCUCCCUGUAGCUGCUUUUACUUUGCACCCUUUAUUUAUGCCCAUUUGUAUAGAAUUAUGUUUUUAUUUCACCAUUUAUUGUCUGCUAAAAACAACACUUAAGGGCAGACACUUCUACGAGGACUUGGUUUAUCUUUCUACUAUACUUCCCAUUUAAGAAACAUAUUUGGACCUAUUUGUGUUGUGUGCACAGCUAUGUGAUUUUUUUUGUUCUCGUUUCUUCACAGCACACCACACUAUUGUUUCUUGCUCACCAACUCCUACAGAAGGCAUUGGUUAUUGUACAACUCUAGACAUUUUUACUUGCAUGGGCCUAUGUUUUAUUGUUAGAGGAAAUAAUGAUUUGUGCCAUUGUGUAUUUCUACAUACUUGCAUAGACGUGUGGAAUAUUUACCUAGAGAUAUAAAGCAAGCUAAUGGGUGUUCACCAUAUAUCUUCUGUUCUCCUGACGGUUGUUUUUUUUUGUACUACACUUGUAUUUUCUAUAAUUCCUAGAGGAUUUAAAAUGUUGGGAGAGUUAACAAUGAAUCAUUCUGUCCAAGACCACUAUGUUGAAACAAAUAAAGUGGUUUCCCGUUGCGUAAAUGA